GCCAUUUUGCAUCAUCCUAGUUGAGUGAAAGAGUGGAGCCGGAUCAACGGCAGGGAUUUGGUCACUUUUUCAUUUUCAACACGUUUCCCUCCGGAGUCGUCCAUACAUAGCAGGCCAAGUUACUAAUUGACAGAUAACGGAGACAUGGCCACAGAGCAUAUAAAUGGAAACGGUACUGAAGAACCAAUGGAGACUUCGGCUGCAGUUACCCAUUCAGAACACUUCCAGACAUUAUUAGACGCUGGGUUACCUAGAAAAGUUGCUGUCAAACUAGAUGAAAUUUACAUAGCAGGUCUGGUCUCACACAGUGAUCUUGAUGAUCGGGCGAUUGAAGCUCUAAAGGAAUUUAACGAGGAAGGCGCUCUUCAAGUGCUCGUGCAGUUUAAAGACAGCGACCUCUCACAUGUUCAGAACAAAAGUGCCUUUCUCUGUGGAGUAAUGAAGACGUACAGACAGCGGGAGAAGCAGGGGACUAAAGUGUCAGAUUCUAAUAAAGGACCAGAUGAGGCAAAAAUCAAAGCUUUGCUCGAGAGAACUGGCUACACACUUGAUGUGACAACAGGUCAGAGGAAAUAUGGUGGCCCUCCUCCAGAGUCGACUCACUCAGGAGGACAACCCACAGUUGGCACAGAGAUUUUUGUUGGAAAAAUACCAAGAGAUCUCUUUGAGGAUGAGUUGGUUCCCCUUUUUGAAAAAGCAGGGCCCAUAUGGGACCUGCGGCUGAUGAUGGACCCCCUCAGUGGCCUGAAUAGGGGUUAUGCUUUUGUCACGUUCUGCACUAAAGAGGCUGCUCAGGAGGCAGUAAAACUGUGUAACAACAAUGAGAUCCGCCCAGGCAAACACAUUGGAGUUUGCAUCUCAGUGGCCAAUAAUAGACUGUUUGUGGGGUCUAUCCCCAAGAGCAAAACCAAGGAGCAGAUAGUGGAGGAAUUUGCCAAAGUUACAGAGGGGCUGAAUGAUGUAAUUUUGUAUCAUCAGCCGGAUGACAAGAAGAAAAAUAGAGGCUUUUGCUUUUUGGAGUAUGAGGAUCACAAAACGGCAGCUCAAGCACGUCGCAGGUUGAUGAGCGGCAAGGUGAAGGUGUGGGGGAAUGUGGUGACUGUGGAAUGGGCUGACCCCAUUGAAGACCCUGAUCCAGAGGUCAUGGCAAAGGUUAAAGUACUUUUUGUAAGAAACCUCACAAGCACUGUUUCAGAAGAACUCUUGGAAAAGACUUUCAGUCAGUUUGAAUUAGAGCGGGUCAAGAAGCUUAAAGAUUAUGCCUUUAUUCACUUUGAGGACAGGGAUGGUGCUGUUAAGGCCUUAGCUGAAAUGAAUGGAAAAGAUUUGGAAGGUGAACAAAUCGAAAUCGUCUUUGCAAAGCCACCUGACCAGAAGAGGAAAGAACGGAAGGCUCAACGACAAGCAGCUAAAACCCAAAUGUAUGAUGAUUAUUAUUAUUACUACGGCCCACCACACAUGCCUCCUCCCACGAGAGUGAGGGGCAGAGGAGGCAGGGGAGGCUUCUCCUAUCCUCAUGACUACUACGGCUAUGAAGAUUAUUACGAUUACUACGGCUAUGACUAUCACAACUACCGAGGGGGCUAUGAAGACCCGUACUAUGGCUAUGAGGACUUCCAAGCCCAAGGCAGAGGAAGAGGUGGAAGAGGAGCCCGUGGGUCUUCGCUGACACGUGGGCGUGGAACCUCCACGGCUAGAGGACGAGGAGGCUUCUCCCAGCGCGGUGGCCCAGGGGCCAGCAGAGGCACGCGUGGCGGGUCCCGAGGAGGUGCUCAGCAAAGAGGCCACGUGGCACCUUGCGGAAGAAAUGGACCAAAGCAGGGAAAGGGGGUCGAGGCUGGUCCUGACCAGUUACAGUGAAGACUGACUUGCUACAUGGGGUUACACCAGAAGCUGCCAGUGGACAUGGUGGUAAGGAUGAGGCAAUGGUCCAAUGAUAUUCCAACCUUACAGAAGUUAAAUCUCCCAUACUGCCACCCCAGAAACCAGUGGAAGUUCUGUACCCUUGGGCUUGGAAUUUCUUGUAUGAAUAUACAGUCUCACAUUCAAAAUGUAGGUCACAUGCUACUCCCUGUAUCAUGCCCCAAAAUUACAAAGUACAUCAGUUAAAAUAAACAUGAGGUUCAGACUUCCUAAAGCAUACUAAAACUGUUUUUCUUAGUGUUUUUUUUUUUCCCUUUUUUUGCACUUUUUUUGAGUUUGAAGUGGCUCAAAGGAGCUUGAUGCUAAUGUAUAUUUUUGUGCUAAUUGCAAUUUUAUUGUCCAUGUUUGUCUAAAUUUUUUUAUUUGGAUGAAGAGGACAUCUGCAGGUUUUUGGUGUAACCACCUUGCAUGAAUAAGUCAGGCAUUCCAGGAAAGUGGUUCUUUUCAGAACUUCUCUUUUAAAGGGUUGGUGAACUACCUCAGUACAGAGGAUUGAACUACCCUGCCUGUACUGUAAAUAGGGAAACAUACUGAUAAAAGCAGGGUUUGUUUUUUUAUAAAAUAUGCAUUAGAGCAGCUGCUCAAAAGAUGUACUUAAUGUAAUAUAGUCAUUUUGCUGUUGCUCUGACGCUGCGAACAGUCAAACUGGGCAUGCAAAGUAAUCUCAUAUGAUGAGCCUAAACAAGCCCUGCUUUUAUCUUAUUUUGAACUGAAUUAGCCUUGCUUCUUCAGACCAUGUAGUUACUGGUUGUAUGAUUGUAUGAUAGUUUUGGAAUAAAAUGUUACUUUUGUAAAGGCUUGAACAUCACAAAGGCAUCAACUGCUUUUGGUAAGCCAUGCAGUGUCCCUUUUUUUUCUUGAAGGGGG